AGUCGUUCAUGUAACGAGUGUUGUUGGAGAUAGGGAUUCAUUAAGGAGAGAUAAUGUGACGCUUUCUUCCCAACGUAAUAUUUAUAGCUGUGUGCAGUAGGGUUGAUGACGUUCGAUAGUGCCGAUAUAAAGUGUUGAUUGCAGAAUGAACUUCGUAAAUCUGCAGCUAUUUUUAGUUUCUCAAAGAGGUAAGUGACGUUUUAACGCGAUCGAAUCAAAAUAACAUUUCGAUAUUAUUAAAUGAUGGCGAAUCGAGAAGUUGGUAAUUCUUUAAAAACAGAAGAUUUGUUUGUUUCGUGGGUGGAUUUGUGCUUUGGUGGCUGGUUAGAAUACAUUUUACAGAUUAAACGGGGACUGUGGUAGUUAUAAUGCUUAAGAUUUAAUAUUUUGAGGUUCAGUGUUCUCCCAGUUUGAAAAUCAUUGGAUUUCCUACUUAUUGGCAUCACAUUUUCUGUUUUGGGAUGCAUCCAAUUCGAUGACAUUAUGAUCGCAGUAUCUCCGUUAAUUCCUUCAGAAAUCACGUCGUGAAAGAUUAUCAGAUAGAAUGGAAUCGACGAAUGAUGAGGAAAGCUCUGAUCUUAUCAGUUGUGACGAAUUAGACAACAGCCAACUGGACCGAUUAAGCGUUCAAGUCUCUUCGUUGGAAAAACUGGUUGAUUACUGUGCGGAGGAAUUCAGUAAGUUAGUUUUCAUGCUAGUCGUUUGGAAACCCUCUCGUUAUUUCUGAAAACUGUAUGUUUGUUGUCACAGUCGGGCUUAUGGAAAAUCCGAUAUUCAUGCUGCAUUUCACAAAGCUUUGUAAUCCAUUGUUUUUGUUGAUGUACGGUGGGUGUUCUUGUGUGUGUAUUUAUCAUCCACACACAGUUGUUAAUUUUUUUUCGAAGAUUUUCAUUAUCCUCACAAACACUUGGGAAUUUGUUUUGUAAGAAAGAAUAUGUUAAGCUUUUUCGAAGUUUCAGUGCUUCAAUGCCUCUUUUUAGGUACAGUUUUUUAUUAAUUAUACAUGGUAUUUCUAGCGUUGCUCAGCUUUUGAUGAAAAGACUGUUUUCAGCACACAGGCUAUUUCUCAUCUCAUUAUUAAUACUCUCCGUCACGAACGAGGAGAUUUGAUAUUGUCGUCGUACUUAAAGGUUGUUUUAAACUCGGGCUGGGAACUUUAAGCUCUGUAUUGUUUUGUUAAAUUUACCAUUUUGUUAUUUCUAAAGGAUUUUAAGUUGUGUUUGUGACGAAAAUUAACUUAUUAGUUGUAAAUGAAUGAGUUAUAUUAGGUUGUACAGCUUGCCUCAUCCAGGCCGAUGUUUGUCAGUGUUAAUUAUUUGAGAAAGACAAUAUCAUUUUCAAGGAAAUUGGUUAAGACUUGAUAGGUGUUAAAGGACAAGUCUUCCUUCCUGUAAUGGUAAAAAAACCCUUCUUUGACAUAAUCUUAUUAGUUCAGGAACAUGUUGGUGUAAACAUUGCAUAAGAAAAAAAAAGGAUGAAAAGGCAAGUGAUAGGAAGUAAUUGUGCCUUGUCUGCUAUUAGAUGCCUUUGUAUGGUUUGAGAUACAGCGGAAACAGGAAAGGGCACCUUGAGAUUUCUGGAGAAAAAAUCAAAGCACUCCAUUAGCUGUUAACCUUUAAUUCCCCUGAGUGACCAAAACCGAAUUUUUCUGUUCAAUGUCAAUCCAACUCCAAGCAAACAGAUGAUAAAAAUAAAGAAAGUGACAAUUACUGGUUGAUAUAAUGCCAGAUUCUCUGAACUAACAAAAUUUUUAUUAAAAGAAAUAAAAAGAUUUGUUAACCAUGAUUCAGUACUUCCUAAGAGACAUAAAUAUCAAAAUUUGGUUACUGUAUUGAGGAGGGGGGGGGGCAUUGUGUAGAUACAUGUAUAGAAAUCAGAAAGUGUGAUGAUCUUUUUGGUGACAGGAAAUAAUUUUGUGCUUGCUUUCAUGGCAGUGGGGGGGUGCACAAUCUGCAUUCAUUUGCACUGUGUUGCCAGAAAGUACUAUAUAUUUCCAACCAAGUAACAAGCUACAGUAUCUUUGGAAGCCAACUACCAGGCAGUUUCUAGAGGUAUUUAUGAUACUCAGCUUUCAAAUACUUAUCUUUUAAUAUCAGAACUCUUUGUUAUGUUUUAGGUGGAGAUGUACCGGAGCCUUUUCUUUCAAAUGCUGUGUUCAUGACACACAAAUGGUUUAUUUCAUCAGAGGAUUUACUUAGAAAGUUCAUGCAAAGGUAUGGUCACUAAAAAUUUGUCCCUGUUUUAUUUCAACAUAAAUAAGUAUAAGCCAGUUGGUAAUUCAUGUUACUUCUGUACAGAUGGCAUUAAUAAUUGUGAAAAUUUGUGAUUUUGAAUUGAUAUUGAUUUUUUGGUGGCUUUUUUUCGGAGAAGUGAUGAUUAGAUCAAGCAAGUAGAAGGGAUGUCCAUCUACAUGUACAUGUAAUAUGUCACCUAACUUUAAUUACUAAAAAAUGUAUCUUUAAAAAUGUGUCUUUAAUUAUUCAACUGUUACACACAGGUACUCAGAUCAUUCACUUGUGAAUAGUGAACACAUCAGGAAAUUUAAAAGAAGUAUCUGCUCUGCUGUUGGGUAAAUAUACACCACCCUCCACAUUUGUACAAACAUUUGUAGAUAUACCUGACAUCUACACGUUGGUGUUAGACAAUGUGAACAUGAUAUAUACUUAUAUAGUUGUAGUUUGAUAAGGUUUCAUAUAUUAUAGGGCUGUUGUGAUCUUAAUUUUGCAGCAUUUCCUGUGACAAACUUUUCCUAACCUUCACAUACUACUGAAAAUGUUUAUGAGGAGGUGUAGCUCUGACAUAACAAUGUCAAUUCCCUCAGGCAUCAGUUCUUCAAUACACAUACAUCCCUUAUUCCCUUAUUUUAUAAUGAAAAUGCUUGUAUAUGAAUUAUAGAUUUUGGAUAUCAAAUUACUGCUCUGACUUCAAAAAAGAUGAAGAACUCACUUUACUAGUAAAGGAAUUUAUGGAGGAAGUGGAAUGCGAGGAAGAGAAGAAAAUCAUUCAUCUGUCCAACAUGUAAAUAUCAACUUUUUAAAAUAUUUUUUGUUAAAGUUGAUUGUAGUUACUCUGAGAAUUUUGAUAGAAAAGUGACAUUUAAGUAUUUGAAAAGUUUAAAAAGGUACAGUGUUGGUCACAAUAUUUCAGGUAAAUUUAAUUUUCUUUUCGUAAAUUUAAAGUCAUAUUAACUUCAAUGACAAAUUGCAACACAGUGUUGAUAGUCGCAGCCUGAUACAAAUUGAGAUAAAUUUGAGAAAAGUGUUGUUGGGUCAUUGAUUGGUUUCCCAAUUUUUCUCCAUUUCUAUCAUUUGUUUUGAGUUUUGUUCCUUUUUAUUUUUGUCUACAAACAAAUUAAACUACAUGAACAGUGUCAUGCAAGCCAGAAUGCAAAACUCAUAAGUGUUGUAUUUUGGUUUUUUUAUGCUAAUAGAUGUGCUGAGGAGCUGAGAAAUCGCACCCUGAGUGCUGAACAUCCACCAUUGGAUCAACGAAAAAAUUCUUUGGCAUUCAAGGACUUAUCAGCCCACACUAUUGCAGAACAGUUGACUUACCUUGAAUAUAGAAUGCUACGCAGAAUACCGGUAAGCAUUGUGGAUAUUGCAAGUUUCUUUGUUUCCAUAUAUUUGGUAUGCCUGAAAAAAAGGUUUUACUUUACUUGACAAUAAUUAGUCCAGUAAAAAUAAAUAAAUGAAGGUCUACACCCUGAAAGAAUACUACUUUCCAUCAAUUGUAAACAAAAAGGGACAACUACAAGCCUUAGGGUAUGGAUGUAACUUUCUGGUUUUUUUUUUUGUGUAUGAGUUCACCUGUGGACUGUGCCAUGUUUUUAAACAGUUUAAACUACACUUGCUUUGUUAGUGUGUUGAUUGAAGAGCAGAUGUAAUCAGCAUUUUAUUAAUUUAAAUUUAAUCAUUUUAAAUUAGUUUUCAGAGUGGAAGACUUAUGUUUGCACUGGGAAGUUAAUGAAUACGACUUACCUUGAGAGAUAUGUGGCACUAUUCAAUGGUGUAUCAAGAUGGGUGCAGGCCAUGGUUCUGAACUGUGUUACACCUCAGGAGAGAGCUAUAUGUAUGGAAAAAUUCCAACAAACAGCUAGGGUGAGACAAAGGGAAUAAUGCAUGGGCACAUAUAAAUAGGGAAUUUCUUUUCAAGUUGAACAUGAGAAGAGAAAUUAUAUAAUAUCUACAAGCAACCAUGUGUUAUUUUGUUUAUUAUAUAAACACAAUAGCCCUUUACAGACAUGAAAAGUCAAUUUUAUCAAUGAAUAAUAAAAAAAGAGGAUAUUACAUGGUGAUGAGGAGAUAUGAACUAUACGCUUGAGUGGCACAAGCAAUAUCUCACAAAUGAGUGCAACAAACAGGUGAGCUGUUAUUUGUGCCAAGAAAACAUGACCUUCAUAUCUUUGAGCUAACAUGUAAUUUUCUUUUUAUUAUAUAGACAAUAAAUAUACAUGGUAGAGAUUGAUACAAAUACUUUGAUACAAAUACUGGGUAUCAAUAGAAACAAAAUACCUGGGGCCCAAAUUUUGCAAAGAUUUAUGUGUAAUACUGUCAGUUAGGCCAAAAUACAUGUGAACUGGUUUCAUAAGUGUUAUGAAAAUUUGAUUACUGACUCUUACUUAAAUAGUAAAAUAAUUUUAUUUUCAGCCUCACUUCGAACCUUUGAACAUUGUUCAGCAUGAACAGAACAAAAAGUUUCCUUUGUCUCACUGCAACUUUCUAGAAAUUCCUUGACAGUCUUAAGAUCAUCUAGUGCUUUCUUUUUUGGUGUUUUUGUUCUCUUGUUGUUCGGAAAAUGAAUUUACAUGGUCUUAGCUUACCACAACAAAUCUUGCAACUAUUCAAUAUUUCAAAAAACAAAAAAACCAAGUUCAUUCAACAAAGUAUAAAAAGGCAGAAGUUGUAACGUUUUUGCUCCAUAUCACCACUGGUGUCACAUAUGAAAAAUAUGCCACUUGGUUCCUGGAUUUAGUGGUCAGAUUGAUUCUGCAUUGGUGAUAGGUUCAAGGUAGAAAAAUGCAUUGAAUCAUUACAAAACAAACAAUGGGCUUUACUUUCAAUUUACAAAAUUCUCAGGUAAUGACUUUUUGCCUUACAGACAGAAGAAAUCUUUUCAGGUGCAUAGCCAAAGUCGGCCUGUGGACAAUCUUUCAGUUGUCAAUUAUUGGAUUUUGGAUUUUCUUCCCCUUCUAGGAAAUUUUGAACAUCACUGUCUGUAAAUGACACACAUUUUCCAGUGAUUUAGCAACCAUAAUCCCAGAAACUUUUCUCAAAGGACCUUGUAUUAAGAAUGGUAAAGGCUUUGCCAUUCAUUCACUAACGUGACAGAGUGGCGCAAAAGGCGAGUCACAUGUCAGUAGCAGAUUGGCGAUUACAAACACAUAUGGAAAAUUAUCAUAUUUUUUUACUUGUGUUAUUAUGGCUUUUCUCAGGGCUGGAAAUCCUUGUAUAACACUGCAGUUUAUGUGAUUAAAAGUUAAACUUUGAGAUGAUACAGCCAAAGUCAUUAUGUGGAACAUGCGCCUAAUUUUCAUCUGUUUCGGUUCAAUAAUGUACACUGACUAGCACCAGAAAAUCAAGGACAAAAUAUGUAGGGGAUAUUUGAUAUGAUUUUACUUUUAUUAGUUUGAGAAUUUGUUCAUGCACUCAAAAAGCUAGAAUUGCUCUCAGCUGCGCCUCAAGCUACUCUUACACAUUUUUCGUGCUCUCCAAACUUCCUGUGUGCAUCCAUAAAUCUAUAUACGUACAGCUGAAAGCAUGAGCAAAUUCUGUUAUAACAGAGCAACAACAAGGAUCUGCGUGAAGAAGCCUUUCAUUGUGAUAGAGUGCAAAAUUCUUACAACGCCAAAAAAAAUAAACAAACGUCCCUAUUGGCUGGUCAAAACUUUGGUUCGAGCUAGAACAUUUGAUCCAGUUAACUGAUAACUCUGAAUGAAAAGCUCAAAAUUUAUGGGGAAAAUGGAGAAAAUCAAAGCCAAAAUUUGCUGCAGCUGGUCUUCCAACAAAAAUUUGCGAAACAUGCAACUUGCAAGUUUUUUCAGCUUUAUUUUUGUUGCUUGUUGGAUCAGGACCUAAAAGGUCAAUGCCAAUAGAAAAAUUGGGCAGUUCUUUGCUGGUUUCUUCCAUAUUUCAAAGAGAAGGAAAACUGCACUGCAGUGUAACAGGAUGGAAACUCUGAAGCCAAGUAAAAAAAAUGCUCACAUCAUCUUAUUUAUGCACGGGCGUGCCUAAAUAAAAUUUUGUUCAUAGCGGGUCAAUAGGACUUAUAUAGGGCAAACACGUGCGCUAUGUUAUAAAUUAUUAUUAUUGUUAUUAUUGGAGAUAUGAAUAUACAAGUAUGAACCACAAAUUAACUAUCAACCUGCGUCUCACAAUAUACAUGUUGUUCAUUGUAAUUCAUGCUAUUCUUUUCUUUUUCUUAAUGAUACCUGUAUCCAAAAAUACCAUGGAAGGUAUUCUUUAUCAUAUUCUGGUGUAAAGGGUUUUGAGUUUGAUGGUAAUGCAUUUGUCUUAAAAUGAAAAUGACCAAAAUAUAAAACACAAUUAAGAAGAAGAAUGAAAAAAAAGGUGAAGUCUGUACUUGAGCCAAGUGGUCCACCCAGCUGGAGCUAAUCCUGGUUUCCUCACCAGGAGUGAGUAUCACCAGGAGGGAGUAUCACUAUCCCCCUGGAUGGGAUGCCAGUCCAUUGCAAGGUUACCCCCCAGUAUUUGCCCAGAUCUCCCAAGAAAUUUACCGAUACCCUUUAUACUUUCUUAAAAAGGGCUGUGCUCAUUCAUUGUGGUAAAGUACAUUCAUAAUAAAGUAUUAUUAUUUGUCUCAUAAUGUGGUUACUUAUGAUGUGAAUCAUGAUGUUUCGACUGCACACUGCUGAUCUGAUGAAGGACUCCUGGGCUGAUAGGAUCCUGGGCUUAGAGUAAAGUGUUUUGCCCAAGAAUACAACAUAUUAAACUGGCUAGGUCUUGAACCUUCACCUCUUGACUUAGAGUCCAGUGCACCAACCAUAAGGCCUCCGCAUCUCCCACUAAGGAUAUAGUGUGUUGUGAAAAUAUCAACCUGCUUAUUAUUUAAGUGGUGUGAAAUACGUACUGAUAAGUGAUUUUUUUGUCUGUUAACUUUCAUAUCUCUAAACUUGAAGCAUUUAAAGGAACUCCAGAAUUUUAAUGGCUUAAUGGCAGUGGCAGGUGGACUAACAAACACAGCAUUAUCUCGCUUACGGCAAACUCAAGAGUUACUCUCACAAGACUGUAAAGAGGUACUGCUCAAUCUGUGUUGAAUGAAGAAUUUAUCAGUUUAGAAAAUAACUAAAUUCUUACUUGGUAGAGGUGAUGGAUGUUUGCUGCACUGUUUUUGCUUAUUGUGUCUUUCUUUACUUUAGUACCUUAAGCUGUUAAUGGAGUUAUUGUCUUCCGAUGGAAACUAUGCAUCCUACAGGAAAACUUUAAACACUUCUACUGGAUUCCACAUCCCUAUUUUGUAAGAACCUAUUGAUUCAUAUGUUUACAUUUUUAUUACUUAGCUACACUUAUAACAUACCAUUGUGAGUUUAAAAAUUGACUUACUGAGAUUACUGAACUUGAUUUAUGUAUACCAGUAUACUAUGAUUUAUAUUACAGUGUAGUUAGUGAAGUGGCUCACUCAAAUCAUUCUUUUCUUUUAUUUUUUCUUUUUUUUUCUUUUUUUUUUUACUCAUAUCCAUAUCAUUGGUGCAACUUAAUCCAGAGGUGAGUUUCAACAGUGGUUCAUUUCUUUUUCAUGUCAUUGAUUUUACACAACUAGCUUAUAAAAUGCCUGCAGGUAAAAAGAUAUGCAUACUGUAUGUACUUAUAAUGUUAGAUAACUGACAAAACUAAUGUUUUGCACUUUCUGUAGGCAUUCAGUUGAAGGAUCUCAUCGCACUGCAAGUUGUUUUACCUGACAGUGUUGAUGGACACCUUCUUAAUUUGCAAAAGAUGGUGCGUCUGUCACACAUCAUGUCACAUGUGCUGCUGGUUCAAAACACUGCACCAUCAGUACAACCAAACUCAGAACUUAUUAAAAUGCUGCGGGUAUGUUGGCCAUUCAUAAUAACAAUACUGACAGUGCAUUAUUUGUUCUGUGCAAAGUGGCUGGACACAGGUGAAAGGUACUUUGCUCAAUGAGUUGUCAGAAGGGUUGGCAAUACAUUUGAAAUCAAGUUACAUAAGACAAGUCAUGAUACAAGCCAAGAGGCCAAUCAUACUUUAGCUUAUUCCAGUAUCAUAAAGCGGCAAGGAGUAUUGGUAAUUUCAUCAUGGAUUCAUCACAGGGCUACAGCCUUGGCUUUAAGUUUCCUUAGCAGCCUUUUAUAUUAUUCUUGAUAAAGUGAGACUCAGAAAUACAACUCAGCAACCUUACCUGGACCUUUCUGUACAGAAUCCAGGGAAUGUAUCAUUUGGCUGCAGUUAAUAAGUUAAACAAAGGCAAAUAUGGACUGUUCAGGUAAACAUGUAAGCUAUCUGGACAUUAAGGUCUUGGAACUAGAUUAAAGGAGAAUCUUGAAAUUGUGGCUGGCAAUAAAUUGCCUUUAAAUCCAAGAACAGAUUUCCAGUAACUUCUCUUACCUAUUGUGCACCCCUGGAGCAACUGUGCUACUUUGCACUUUGUUUUUAGGUAUCAUUGCAGCCCAGAGUCACUGAGGAAGAGUUAUAUGAAUUAUCACUUGCUAGAGAACCAAAGAACCACACUCAUUCUGUAAGUGCAGUUAUGACAACAUUUGGUGUCUUUGUCUUCUUUAGAUUCUAUAGAUUGUUCCAACAUUCUUUACCUAACUUCCUCAACAACAAAUUGAUAUACAAAUGUUGUACUACUCACCGCAAAUGAUCAAACUCGUCAGUGUAUCUCUCAGUGAUACAAUGCUAAGUAGCAAGAUUGGUAGAACUCCAAGCAAGAGGACAAAAGGUAAUAGUAAAGCCUUCAGAGAACAUUUCAUUCAAAGAGGUUUUGUUUUACCUUAAAGAGCUGUGGCAGUCUCGGAAGUGUAGAGUCAAAUACUGAACAAGGUGUGAUGUUUGCUGAUUGGGCAGCUGGACUAUUGAACACAACGCCUGACCCUCAGACAACUGAGAGACAUGUCUCAUCCAUGGUGGAGGUACGUACAACUGUAAUUACAGUCAAAUCGUGUCAUGUAAAACAAACUGAAUUCACUGUUUGUAGCGGCUAAGAACCCAGAAGUAAGUUAAUUGUACUGACGUAACUUUUCUUGAAACCAUCCAUCAGAAGGUUUGUGUUAAUCUUAAGAAUUAAAAUUCUGAAAACAUGUACGUUGCCUUUUCGCCAUCACUUUGCAUUAUCACAUAUAACUGUACGUGUAAAGUUCACUUAUGAAACAAGGGUAAGCUCAGUCUAUUGAAACUCCUAAAGCAAAAUAAACCCAAAUGAGCUUUGUUUCUUAAAAUAACCAUUUUUCUCUCCGGUAACCGGGUACCUUUAUGUUUUUCACUCCAAAUACUAAAAGUACCUAACAGUAUCCUCUCAGUUUCCUGUAUGAGGAUGCCAUUCUAAAUGUCUGCUUUGAUCAUAGCCUUGGACCAUCCUCAAAUGUUCAUGAGUUUGAGAAGGUCUGACGUCAGGACAGAGAGAAUUGAAUAGUGGGUGGAUAUCAUCAUCAUUGUCAAUUCUGACUUAUUCUUUAUAGGCUGUCUUCAAAAUUUAUGACACAAACAAAGAUGGUUCAAUAUCAGUAGAAGAGUUUGAUGCCAUAGCUACCAAUUUUCCCUUUAUUGAUUCAUUUGGAGUUCUGGACAUUAACAGGUAAUAGUUUAACACAACCCACACGCACUUUAAACACAAGUGUGUUUCUGAUACACGCACGGACAGACAGCAAGACCAUGUAUUGUUAACUUUUUUUUCUUAAUUAUAAAGUGUAACAUCUUAUGGUAAAACUAUUUUACUAAUUUGGUUGCACCACUCACUUACUCACGCACGAAAUAUAAUGGAAGGCUAAAUUAAUAUGUUGCCUGAAUGAAGCAAACAUAAACGCUGAGAAAAUCAUGGUACGCAAAUUGUAGUGUCUCUACUAGAAUGAUAUAUCGACUCAAUGCAGCAAUGGAGACUCUGAACUCAGUUUGAACUCGGGUGCUUCGAGACUUAUCAUGCCGAUUGGAUAAUUUCAAAUGGCUCAAUUUUAAAAAUUACCCUCCAAAUUGUUAUCUUUUAGUGACGGUGUUAUCAGUCGAGACGAGAUGAAGAACUACUUCAUGAAAGCAAACUGUCACGAACUAAGCAAGGGCUUCUCACACAACUUUCAAGAAACGACGUACUUCACACCAACCUUUUGUGACCAUUGUGCUGGCAUGGUAAGGAAUUUCUGUGCAACAAUAUAAUGGAACCAAAAGUUUUUUUUUUCUAUUUUUGCCGUAUGAAGUGUUAUUGAUUAAAGGUCCAUUCGUUAUUAAUACCACCCAUUCGCCCAUCCUCUCAUCUAACCUCGCAAGCAAGCACACGAGAAAAAGGGCCAAACCUCCAAAGCCCAUCCCAGUUUUGAUGACAUGGAGCGACUGGGAGCAUUUUUACUUCACUUGGAUGGGAUCCCAGUGUAUCCGUUUGCUGGUACUUAAACUCCUGAGUUGAGGGAGCCAAAUGAAGUGUCUUUCCAAACAAUAAUACUGUGACUCUAGUAAGGGUUUGAACCUUGUACAAUUCGUUGCAGAGUCCAUUGAGUUGAACAUUAGUUCACUCUGUGUCUUCCUCAGUAUUUCAUGUCAUGUUCAUUCUAUUUUCUCCAGCUGUGGGGAGUAAUCAAGCAAGGAUAUAGAUGUAAAGGUAAGUUGACAUGCAACACGAUGCUUAGCACAAUGUCUAGAAAGUGAAACAAAAUAUACUCUAUAAACAAAAUGUAAAGGCAUUAAAUCAAUGAAAAAUUUUUGGUUUCUUCUCAGUUUGUCAUAUCAACUGUCACAAAAAUUGUAAAGGAGAAAUAGUUAGAGGAUGUCGUCAAAAACCUUCGUCACAAUUGAAUGGUAGGUCACAACUAAAAGUCUUGUUUAAUUAAACAUCUAUAGGAUACGAAACGUUACCAAAUGAUGGCUAGCACGCCAACAAAUGGUUUUUGUGUUGUUUGUAUACAGAAAUAUGAGUGCGCUGUUUCGGGGUGUUUUUUAUUAGAUUAAGGUCCAAUCAAUCUCAGUUUAUUGGUUGAUUUUUUUAGCUCUUUGGGUGUUCAGAUUUGACCCCAAACUUUCUAUUGUGAGAGUGAUUAUCGUGGACUAAGGCUUGAACCAAUUCCAGGGUCAGUUGUGCUUAGUCAGUUUAUGGUUGUAAUGACAAUCAAUUAAUUUCACCCACUUUCAAAGUUGAUUGACUUCUGAUAAUUGUUACUAAGUGUAAAAGUGGUCUUUUAAUCUUCUCAUUAUUUUUUUGACAUUGAUUUGUUGCCAACUUUUUCAGGAAUCGAUGGUAAAUCUCUUCAUAAGUCAGAGACCUUACGAAUAACAAAAUGGAAAAACAAAAUGAAGCUUCAAAAACACUUAUCUGAGGAUUCACUUAAGUCUGUUAACGGCGAGUGUGUUAAUGUCCCAGUAGAUCAGUACAAAAAGCUUCUUAAUGCUCAACAGGUAAGUAGAUGAUUAAGCAGUAGAGGAUUGUCUUUUCCGUGUUCAAGAAGACGAGAAGAGAAAUUUCGUAUCUCCAAGCAGCCAUGUAUUUAUCAUACAGAGAAUAUCUUCUUUGUCACUUAAGGGCAAUAUUGUUACAAGUUGUAUUCCCAGGACCUUGUUAUUAAUAAGUUUUUUUCUCGCAAUGUGUCUUUUUUGUCGAAUUAAUAUUUGUUUGUAAAAUUUUUCAGGAAAAUGAAGCACUCGUGGCGGAGAAUGACCGACUCCAAAAGGACUUAGAAACCACUACGCACAAGUUAAACUUGUUACAAAAUCAUUUGAACUCUUUGAGGCAAAAUACUGUGACCUUUAUUUUGGAUCAAAUGGACGCUCUACAAAUGCAAAAGGAUACAGAGGUAUAGCGAAGGAAUCAUACGUGAAUAGCAAUGAUUGACCGACACAUCGACCUGUUAGUCAAUGUAGUUGUGCAGUAAUGAAAGAAUGCAUGAUACAGUUAGAGACAGGCUGAAGUCACUGGAGAUAUUUGGAAACAUUUAACAAGGCGAUUUAGUUGGCAUGACUUUCGCAUAUCAUUGCGAAAAGUUUCAAGUCUUCUAAAGUGGACUUCUCUUUUUUCCUCUAGUUGUAUUAUACAAACUCCGCGAUGUUAUGACCCCGUCCCGUCCCGCCCCGUCCCGUCCCGUCCUUGUCCCGUCCCGUCUUAACCCGUCCUUGGUUAGGCUCGAUUUCUUCCUCAGUCACUGGAAGGUUUGACUCCUGAUUUUGUUAAAAACGCUUUUCUAACUAAAUGUUCCUCACUAUUUUGUAAGGAAAAUUCAUGAAUAGAAAAAAAUCCGUUUUAAUCAAGGGAUACUAAGGAUUUCUAUGAAGAAAACAAAGCAAAGUCUUAAUAUUUACAAAGAUGCUAUAACCAAGUGCUUAUGUUUCUCUGAGUGAGGCCCAGUCUUCGUUGCACCAUCCAAGUUAAUUAUUAGCACAUUCCUGAGUCCAAACUUAACUCGAGGAUUGGACAAACAUAAGGGCCCUCAUACUUAUUUCGAGUUUGUCAGUAACGGAAAGCACUGUGCUUUAAACAUUGUCAGUAGGCGUUUAGCAUGAAUUCAAAAUGCGUAUCAUCCGCAUCUUACAAAUCACCUGCGCAAGUCAGUUACAUUCAGCGGUUACUGUAGUGAAAAAGCAACAUACAUCAUACUCGAGAGGUUAUGAUUGUGUGUACGCUGUAUCUUACUAAUGCUGAUGACAUUUUUCUCUUUCAUUUAAUUCUUCCCUAUCAUAGAAUUACCAAUAAAAUUCCAUAAAAGAAGACGUAAAGUAAUUUACAGCCGGAAUAGGUCUUUAUUCUGUUGUUUAUUAUAGUUAAAAUUUUUUAAAACGCUCAUUUUUU